CAUCCCAACAAAGCCUCACUCCUCCACAUAAAACCAUCCUCCUUAUGCUCACUAUUGCCAACAAUGGUCUCCGACUCUUCCGUCACCGGCCACAUCCUCUCCUCCGUCGUCCCUUCCAACGUCACCGGCGACCUCCUCCACGAGCUCACCGGUGUCGACCUCGCCUCCAAACUCCACUACUUAAGGGCCGUAUACUACUUCAAGCCGAGUGAGGCCGUAGAGAGGCUGACGAUAUGGCAGAUGAAGGAGCCCAUGUUCUUGAUGCUUGGCGCGCUUUACGCGGCGGCUGGCAGGAUCAGGCGACACGAGACAGGCAGGCCGUACAUCAAGUGCAACGACAGCGGCGUAGAGGAGGGGAAGGAGAUGGAGGAGGUUGACAGGGCCAAGCACCUUGUGUAUGACAGGGUGCUCGGUCCUGAUCUCGCUUUCUCUCCUCUGGUUUACCUUCAGUUCACUCGGUUCAAAUGUGGAGGGCUCGCUAUUGGUUUGAGCUGGGCUCAUGUCCUCGGUGAUGCAGUCUCUGCAUCAAACAGCCUCAACCUCUGGACUCAUAUCCUUAAUACUAACCAACCUCCAACCAAAAUCCAGCAUCAAAAAGAGACUGACAACAAAAUUACUUUACCUAUCACCGAGAAUCCUCGCUCUCUCAAGAAAGUUGAACCGGUUGGAGAUUUCUGGUUACCUUCCACCAGUCUUAAGAUGGCUACCUUCUCCUUCAAAAUCAGCAAGAGCAAGGUGGGCCAUCUGCAGUCAAAGAUGUCAGGUCAUGUUCAAGCAUUUGAGGCCAUCUCUGCCGUAGUAUGGCAGAGCCUGGCAAUAUUAAGAAAUGACACCUCUGAAGAAAGAAAAUAUGUUUUGGGCAACAAGCAGAUUAUAAGCACAGUUUCCAUCGAUUCCUCAGUUGCAAAGCUUGAGCUAUCAGAAUUAGCGAUGCUGAUGAGGAACAGUGAUAAGGAUGAGAAGAAGUCCAUUGCUGAGAUUGUCGACAAAGGGGAUGGGAAAGAAGACUUCAUUAUUUAUGGUGCAAAUCUGACAUUUGCUGACAUGCAAGGAGUUGACCUAUAUGGGUUGGAGCUCAAAGGCCAGAAGCCAGCUUAUGUGGACUAUAGCAUUCAUGGAGUGGGAGAAGAAGGGGCAAUCUUGGUGCUUCCUGCUCCUGAUGAAUCUGGCACCGGGGGGAGAGCUCUGACUGUGAUUCUACCAGAAGACGAGAUCUUGAAACUUAAGGAAGUGCUUGCAAGUGAAUGGAGUAUUGCCUAAAGAAAUUUGUUAGUUCCUCGGUUCAAGUUUGACUGAUGCUUUAAAAAGAAUAUUGAAUUGUUUCCGUUGGUUGUGAAAAUUUAAGUGUGGAAGUGUAUAUGAUGUUGAAGAUGUAAGAAGGAUGUUUUAUUGUCCUGAAGUUCAAAUAAUUAUCAGGCAAUUGUGAAGCCAGAUUUUAGUUUCCA